AAGGAGCGCAUGCUGCAGGUGCGCGUGAUCUUCCUGGACGAUUCUGAGCAUGUAUUCGAAGUCGAGCGCAGGAUUCUGGGAAGCGACUUCUAUAACAGAGUGUGCGGACACCUGAAGCUCCUGGAGAAGGAAUACUUUGGGUUGGAAUUCCGUCACCAUAGCGGUGGUUACGUGUGGGUGGAGCUCCUGAAACCACUGGCGAAACAGGUCAAAAGUACUGGUGGUGUCACCUUCCGCUUUAUCGUCAAAUUCUUCCCCCCGGACCCAGGACAGCUGCAGAAAGACCUGACCCGAUACCUGUUUGCAUUGCAGAUCAAGCAGGAUCUGUCCAAUGGAAGCCUCACCUGUAAUGACAACAGCGCCGCUCUGCUGGUCUCCUAUAUAUUACAGUCAGAGCUGGGUGACUAUGAUGAAGAGCUGGACAUGCAACACCUGGACAGCAAGAAAUACGUCCCCAACCAGGAGUACCUGGACAGGAAAAUCAUGCGCCUUCACAAGAGGCACAGGAGCCGGACCCCGGCGGAGUCGGAUGCGCUGGUGCUGGAGGUGGCGAGGAAGCUGGACAUGUACGGGAUCCGGCUGCAGACGGCGAGCGAUGGAGAGGGCAUGAGGAUCAACCUGGCAGUCACACACAUGGGCCUCCUGGUCUUCCAGGGCAACCGGAAAAUCAACACUUUCAGCUGGGCCAAAAUCCGCAAGCUGAGUUUCAAGAGGAAACAUUUUUUGAUAAAACUUCACGAGAAGAUUGAACCCUCUUGCAGGGACACAGUGGAGUUCACCAUGGCCAACAGGGAUGUGUGUAAGGCUUUCUGGAAGAUGUGUGUGGAGAACCAUGCCUUCUUCCGCCGCACAGAGGAGCCCAAAUGCCGGCACAAGUCCCUGUUCUACAGCAAAGGGUCCUGCUUCAGAUACAGUGGCAGGACCCAGAAACAGCUGCUGGACUGUGUGGGAUGGGGUGAGAAGAAGAACCUGCCCUUUGAAAGGAAGUACUGCAGGUCAUAUUAUGACACACGCCAGUGCCGAUCAUCCCCCGAUCUCCUCACUGACGUCUCCAAACAGGUGUACCAGCAGUCUCAGGGGUUCCCACACUCUGCUUUCACCCAGCCAUGCAGUGAGAAGGGGAGGGGCUUGGCAGCUAUGGGGGGAAAACGCAGCCAAUCCGCUGUGGAGGUAGCCUUCACCAUGGAGCUGGAGCAGCCUCACACCCAAGCUCCGCCCCAGGCUCCGCCCAGCACCUUCGCUCAGACCUGCUCCUCCUCCACAGCAGCAGAAGUGGGGCCAGGGGCGGGGCCAGCGCUGAACCUGCCGGGGCGAAGGCUGGCUGACACCCAGCAGCUGGUGCUCCUGUACCCCAGCCCUGGUCUGGAGCUGCACCCCGCCCUCCGCUCAGCUGUGGCAGCCAUCCCGCUCUCCGCCCUCCCCCUCUCCACACAGGCCUACCUGACCAGCAGUGCCGCCUCUCUGGGACGGCCAACGCUGCCCAGCCACGUUUCCCACCACCCCGCCCUCCUCGACGACGUCAUCCGCUCGUCCAGCUUCUCCCACCCCUCGUCGUUUUCGCCCCUGCGACGGCGUGGGCGGGGCAGGGGGACUUUUGCGAUGGGGGGCCAGCUCAGACCCAGGGCCUCCAGCAGGGAGGAGGCCGGCCACUUCAGCGAUGACUCCAGCUACCAGACGGGGCUGCCCAAACGCUCCUGGAGUCAGUCCGACAUCAAGCUGCUCCGCCCCUCCUCCACCCCCGCCGCAGAGUUCCGCCCCCUGGGCCACUACCCCCACCUGUCCCGGCGCCACGCUCCCGUUCGCCCCUCCUACCUGCCCCUAAACUCCGCCCACUUGCCCGAGAGGCCCGCCUCCCUCUGCGUCCUGGGUGCUGGGAGCUCUACGGACUUCAGCGACUCAGACUCUGAGGUCACCUACCCCUACUACUGCCCCUCCGGGGGCAAACUGGGGCAGGGAGGCACCCUGGCCCGCAUGCGCAUCUCCUCUGGCAGCCUGCAGCUGGACGAGGUGGAGGAGGAGGAGGACUUUGCAGCCAUCAGCCCCUCUUCCACUGCCGCCAAGUCCUGAGUCAGUCACUUAUCUUUCACCCUUCACCCACCUCCUUCUUUGCCUGAACCGGAAAUUGAUUGAGGGCCGCCAUCUUUAAAGGAAAUUCCUACCCACAAAAUAUUCCUUCUAUGAGCUAGAAGCUAGAAGCUCCCAAACUUUUCUUGAGCAAGGAAACGAGCGCACCUUUUGCCAAAGUUUUUUUUCGUAGUGUGUGAGGCAUAAAUGAUGCACCUGUGGAUCUACCUCUCCCCAUC